AUCAAUGCAAAUAGAAUCGCAGUUGGACCAUGCACGCCUUGGCUAGCCCUUAGUUCAACGUGCAACACCUCUAUCAAUUAUAGUAGUCCACGCAACCAGGAACCUUUCCAGUCACGGACGUAGCAACGGCACAUCUAUACCUCAUGACUUAUACAAGAGCCUAUGUACCAAACGACAUGAAACGGGGGACAGGAAAUAAUAACCAAGUGGAGCCGAACGGUAAACUCGGACCGGCUUGUCUCAAACGUUCAUCGCAUGUCGGCCAAGCAAUACCUGUCAAGGAAUAAACCGACAUGUGUAGGGCUUCCUCCAGAGAUUUGGCAGCUCAUCUUCGACUGGACUACUCAAGUACCAGGAGCGUACGAUCCCGACUGCUUGGCUUGGUCAUUCACCCAUCCACCCUCCAAAUCGCACAUUCAAGAUACGAAAAAGUCUCUCAGAUCAAGAUCAAGACUCGUCCGAGUCUGCAAACUUUGGAACGUCCUCGCAUUGAAAAAUCUAUUUGAGCAUAUCACGAUUGUAAACGAUGCAUCUAUUCUUUCUCUUCGCAAAGUACUGGUGCAGUCGCGUGAGGAUGCUGAAACCGGCCAUCACCUUGGCUGUUACACUAAGCGUCUCGACGUAUGCUUCAAAACCAACAACGUAAACAAGACCAUCACAGACCUCAGUGAUGUUAUCGCAUGUCUCCCCAACCUCUCCUUCAUCAAGUUAUCCCUUACCAACGCGGACCGUUCAUACGCGAACGUUAGUUAUGGGCGCGACCGCACCGCCCGUCCUUGUCCCCUUAUUGAUGCACUCUGCACCACCUGCCCAUCUCUCGAGGUCCUCGAAAUCACCCCACAGUCCUACAUUCCCCAGGCCAAUGAUGUCCAUCGCCUAUUCUCAUCAUUCCCGAAACUGCGCUCCUUCCGAAACGUAGGGCGCAUAGACGACUUGCUCGCCCCCCAGAUACCCUUCCUUCACAUAGCAACCUCUCUCACCACUUUCGCCAUCUACGAUCCGUACUUCAAAGUCGCGCCUGCAGUCCUCCCCCCCGUCCCGAGCACCUUUCCCUCUCUCCAAACCGUCAUGUUCUACACUAGUAGGACUGCCGACCGACAAUUCUUGUCCUUCCUUCGGAUACAUGGAUCUACUCUGACGACAGUCAUGAUUCGAUUCUCAAUGACCGUAAGCCCUCAAAUUUUCCUCUGCGUGAUCCUUGAUACCAUAGGUGCGAGCUGUCCUAGAGUCGUCAAUUUUAUGAUAUGGUUUGAUGCCUGGUACGUGUUCGGGGUGCUCCUUGGUCUCCCCUCCUUCCAAAUGCCGCCUUCCAUCAGAGUUUUUGGCAUACGGUGCAAGGAGCUCCAAGCAGAUAGUCGGACAUACGAAAAGUUUCUUUCGCAGUUGAAGCCUGAGAACGGGCGGAUUCUGAGGCUGCUUGAUGAGAGACAUGUGAAGGAUCUAUGUCAGAAACAUGCCAAGGUGUUUAACAGGGCCCGACGAAGACUCGAAUCAGGAGGGUGGCAGUUCCAAGGUCCCGAUGAACGCGUUCUGCUUUGAGGUGAGCUGGUCCGUUGUUUUUCAGUCGUGAUCAGUCGUAAAAGAUUAUUCUAAACAAAAAGUACAAUUGUACAUGUGAGGGAGAAGGGGAUUGAAUGCAUGCAGGAUAUACAUUGCCAAAGAGAAAGAGAAAGAGGAGUGAGCGA